AAUCUUCAUCUUUAUUUUCUUUUUAUCAGAAAACUAAAGAUAUUCUGAAGAAUGUUAGAAACGUAACCAUGGAUUUCCAAGAUGAAAAACUAACCAUUGAUUUACUAGUAGAAACUUUAACAAAUGUUUUCCAUAGUAGAAAAAACAAAUAUUUGUAAACCAAUGGUUACUUCCUUCCAACAUGUUAUGAUUAUUAUUUUUUUUGCGUGUAUAACAGGAAAAAAAGAGAGUUAAAUGAAGACAGAUUAUUUUUUUUGGGUGAACUAUCACUUUAAGGGCUGUGAGUGGAAGAAAGGGGGUGUGGCUUACAGUUCGAAUCGAAGUUUGCUGAUUGGUUUGUAACAUAUCCAGCCUCCAGCCAAUAGCACAGUCGCAGGUUUUCUCAUAAAAGGCGCAUCACUGAGUUUUGUGUCACUGCACGUAGCAGAAAAACUGUAGUUUGAUUAAAAUGAGCGGAAGAGGUAAAACCGGAGGAAAAGCCCGCGCUAAGGCAAAGACUCGCUCCUCCAGGGCGGGCCUGCAGUUUCCAGUCGGCCGUGUUCACAGGCUUCUUCGCAAGGGUAACUAUGCAGAGCGUGUCGGUGCUGGAGCUCCAGUGUAUCUGGCUGCUGUGCUCGAGUAUCUGACCGCUGAGAUCCUGGAGUUGGCUGGAAACGCUGCUCGGGACAACAAGAAGACCCGUAUCAUCCCCCGACAUCUGCAGUUGGCGGUGCGCAAUGACGAGGAGCUGAACAAGCUUUUGGGCGGAGUGACCAUCGCUCAGGGUGGUGUGCUGCCCAACAUUCAGGCCGUGCUGCUGCCUAAGAAGACCGAGAAGGCCGCCAAGAAAUAAACCAAGUGAAGAUCGCUUCAAGACCAAAGGCUCUUUUAAGAGCCACAC